AAUUGUAAAAAGUCAGCGCUCUCUCUCUCUUCAUCAACACCAUUCUUUGUCUUCUUCUCUCUUCUCCUCACCUCUCUCAAUCAUACAACUUUUCCCGGGAAACAAAUUCUUGGAAAAUAAGAAUUUUCCCGGAAAAUUACUCUCGUCCCUAAGCCCUUGCUUUCUCCUCCUCCCACUUCGAUCGUGAAUUUCCCUGAAAACCCAGAAUUUUUAACGAUUUCUCCUCUCGAAAUCAUCAUGGUUUUGGUCCUUUGAUUCUUCCUCGAGUUUUCUUGAUUCUUUUUCAGUGUGUAUAUACACAUAUAUCAUAUUAUGUGCAGUGUGUUUGAGUUCUUGGAUAUGGACAGCUUCCAAGGAGACUUAACCGACAUCCUACGAGGAACCGGCGGAGGAGAACACGUGUCAUCAUCUCCAGGCCAGCCGGAGAGAAACUGGCCUCCACCGCCGCCGCAGCGAUCAGAUCUCCACGUGGACUUCCCCUCUGCCGGAUUCGGAGAUCCGUUCAUGAACAUGACCGACCCUUUGCUCCAAGAGCUCAACGUCGUUUCCUCCUCCGGCUACUUCUCCGGCGGUGGUUCCGGCGGAGGAUUCUCCAGUGAUAAUAUCAGCAGCAGCAGUAGCUGUAGUAACAAUAAUCAUAAUAAUAAUAAUAACAAUUUUAUGGUUCCUAAGGUUUUUGAUGACGAUCACAUCAAGAAUCAGUGCAGUGUCUUCCCAAGAAUCCGGAUCUCGCCGCACAACAUCGUUCACGACGCCUCGCCGUGUAAUUCUCCGGUGGUUUCGGCGGCGUUCGUGGCUGCUUCUCCGCCGACGGGCAUCAUCGGAAAGUAUCCGGCAGUCGGUAACGACAUGAUCAACGUCGAUGCAACAAACAGUCCUAGGAACUGUCUGAACGGUAAUAACACGUGCUCUUCGCAACUCCAGAUCUCGUCUCCGAGGAAUCUUGGCCUAAAGAGAAGGAAGAGCCAGGCUAAGAAGGUGGUUUGUAUACCGGCCCCUGCCGCAGCGAACAGCCGGUCUAGCGGAGAAGUGGUUCCAUCUGAUCUAUGGGCUUGGCGAAAGUACGGUCAAAAACCCAUCAAGGGUUCUCCUUAUCCAAGGGGAUACUACAGAUGCAGCAGCUCGAAGGGCUGUUCGGCGAGAAAGCAAGUGGAACGAAGCAGGGCAGAUCCGAACAUGUUAGUCAUCACUUACACCUCCGAACACAACCAUCCUUGGCCGACGCAGCGCAACGCACUCGCCGGCUCGACUCGUUCCACCUCCCAUUCCUCCUCCAAAUCCCCAAACGCAAACGCCACCUCGUCACGAGUCGCCACCAAAGACGAACCAAAGCCCGACACCCACUCUCCGGCCGCAAACCCGGCGGUUAAGGAGGAAAUUCGCGACGAAUGUCAAGACAUGGACUUUGACGUCGACGACAGCAACAUUCAGUCGUACAGACCGGAUGUGUCGUCAGAGGUUCAUCACAAUUCUGACGAUUUCUUCGCCGAUCUCGACGAGUUGGACGGCGAUGAUCCUCUGAGCUUGUUGCUUUCUCAAGGGUUUAGCUCCGUUUCGGGAUCCGCCGCCGGAGACGGUGUCCGGAAGAAUGAAACGGCGUCGUCUGACGCUUUCGGAGACUUCUGCUUCGACUGGUCGGUGAAUCGCAACGACGAUAACACGACGUCGUUUGAGGACGGGGACGACUCCAAUUCAAAGUCCUUGUAGACGCGUCAUCAUAACGACGAUGGGCAAGGGGUAAUCUCGUCAUUUUAUGUAGAUUUGUUUACGGCGAUCGCGUGAGUAGAGACAGUGGACCGUUUGUGGAGUUAUUUAUUUAUUAUUGUAAUAAUUCUCUUUGGAGUCGUUGUAAAUAAAACGCAUAUUAUUAAUAGAUAUAUAGAUUCAUCAAA